UACAUACAAUAAUGGCAUUUUCAUUUCGUAUUGGCACCAAGUGGUGUCACGAUUUCCCAAAACUGGCCAGAGAUUCAGGAUUUUAUUUCAAUACGCAUAAGUCCAGAGUGCGAGUAGAUUGGAAUCGUAUAAGUAAUAUAGAUAUAGAUCGAAUUAUAAGAGACAGAGACUUUCACGCCAUCGAUGAUAAUAUAAACAGUGUAAUAGAUUAUUCUUUAGAAAGUGAAUACGACGUUAAGAUCCUGGAUUCCAAUUUUGUGAAACUCUUUCGACUUGCGCAGCUGGCAGUUGAAUAUUUAUUAUAUUGUAAGGAGUAUUUAGACCACAGUGUGGUAAUAUUGAAAGAUGAAUUAAGAUUAAAAAUAGAAGAUAACGUUAAAUUGAAAAAGGAAACUGCUACUUUAGAAGAAAUAGUGAAGAAUUUGAAGGAUAAAGCAAAAGAUAGAAGUAAAUUGAUAGAAACUAAAAUUGGAGAUUGCAAUGGUGAAAUUUAUAAAUGUCCCCAUUGUCCGAAAACUUUUAUAUCUCCUAUGUUUGUAAGCGCUCACAUUCUGCGUCGACACGCGUAUGCUUCAGAUUUAUGCAUGACUUCUUCCCCUAUACAUGAGCAUUACCGUAGCGAAACUGAAAGAUUGCAUAACGAAAUAAAAAACUUAAAGGAAAGGUUAAAUGAAACUGAGAGAGUAAUAAGGAAUGAAUCUGAAAAUGUUGCCAAUAAAAAAAUGGUGGAUUACGAAAAAAAGUUGCCCGAAAAGGAAAUCGAAAGUUGUAAACAUGAUAUUAAUAAAUCUGAGGAAUAUCAAGAAUACAAAGAAUAUCAGGAGGAAAUAAAAAAUUUGAAAACUAUACUUUUUGAUGAGAUACAUAAUUUAAGACAAAAGGAAAAGAUGAUGCAGGAACGAACAUCAGAAGCAAAUGUACAAACAUUGAUGAAUCAACAAGAAAAAGAAUUUAUAAAGUUGAAAAAUCAAUUAUUCGAACAGUUAACUCCAGAUAUAGAAAGCAUGAAUGCAAAGUUGCAUGCACAGGAAAAUUAUUGGAAAUCCAAAAUUGAACUCUUGGAAAACCAGCAUCAGAAAGAUGUAGAAAGACUUACCGCAGAACUGAAGGUAACACAAAAAGCAGCAGAUGAUAUAAAAAGUGAAUACGAAUCUAAAGUUAGCAAUUUGGAACGUCAAACUUUCAAUCAGUCACACAUUUUAAUUGAACAAAGUAAAAAAUUACAUUCUCUGUCAAACGAAAUGAAUGUUUCACAAUUGAAUGAAAGAAAUACAAAUUCUGAAAACAAUUUGCAAAAGAGAAGAGAUCAAUCUGUAACAUUAAAUCAAACUAAUGAAAGUGGAAAAAAUUCAAAUGAAAAUGAUCUAAAAGAAAAAGAUCGUGAUAAUGGAGAAGUAGAAGAAGUAAUUACUAGAAAUAUGGAUAGUACUCUAGAAUUUCCAUUAAAAUUGCAAAAUAAACUUUCGAGAAGUGUAGAUACCUUGCAUUCUGAAAAUAUACCUGUUAUGUAUGAAGAUAAAAUAAUUAGUAAACAUAAAAGUACAAAAAGAAUGAAAAAUUCAAAAUUUGAGAAUAAAAGAAUUGCGAAAAAAGAUCUAAAAAAUGUCAGUUCAAAUGAUUUAUUAGAAUCUAAAGAUUCAGUGCCUAUGGAGAGAAUUGGUUAUGAAAAAAAAUAUACAAAAUAUGACUCAUAUGAUCCAUUAAUUGUAAAAUCUGAUUUGAAUAAAACUGGGACGAAUGAGGUAGAAAAUACAAAAUUAAGAAAUUUAUCUCAGAAGUAUUUAUCUAAUACGAAUAGUAGCAAAAAAUCAAAAACAUUAGAAGAUGACGUAACUUCUGAUACAAGCUCCGAAUCUGAUUCUAAUUCACAAACACAGUCGGAAUCGGAAAGUAUUACUGUAAUUGAUAAUAAAUCUCCAGUACGUAGCCAUAAACAAAAAUCAUCAAUUUUGACAAAUUCUAAGAAAACAAUAGAGCACAAUUCAUUUCAUGAAAGAUUACAGUCGAAUUUGCAAAAUGCAUUUGAACAGAAAUUGAGAGAUCUAGGAAUAGAUCCAGAAUGGCAAGGAAUACCAAAUGCUACUUUUAAACAAAAAAUUGACAUUUUAAAACAUCAUCAAAAAAUUACUAUGAAAAAAUUACCAAAAUAUCAUCAGAUUAAAUCAAAGAUAAUUGAAGAGGUUCUUAAUAAAAUAUCUAGAAAGGGAAAGGCAAUAAAAACUAUCAAACAAAAACAUCUGUCUUUGAAUAAAUUAAUAAGCAACUCAAAAUUAUCAGCAACCAAAGCAUUUAGUGAUAAAAGAGAUCCUGGUAAUUACUUGAUGUGUUAUUUGACUAAUAAAAGAAUAUUUGUUAAUAAAAUUAUGUUUUUUCCAGGCAAUUCUGUUUCUACAUCACAACUACAGAAUAUAAUACCAAGUAAAUUGCAUUCUACUCCACAAAUCGAUCAUUCUGUUAAAAAUAUGAAUGAAAGUGAAUUAUCUCCAAUAAAAUCUACAAUAAUUACAAGCUACAAAGAUAUAGAAAGUUUAAUAAAACUUUCUCCAAAUUCAAUAAAAUCAGUGGAAAGUACAUGGCAUUCACAAGGAACAUAUACAAGAAAAGACUCUUUGAAUAAAAUGAGAGUUCUACUUGAUUCUGAAGAAGAUAAAGUAAUAACGAAUAGUAGAGGAGUGUUAGAUGUUAAAUCCAUUGAGAACAAUAAUGCAGGUAAUUCGCAUGUACAGUCAGAGUUACAAAAUAUUUCGAUAUCUCCAAAGUAUAAUAAAAGUGUCUUGAAAUCUGCGAGUGGUUCAACAAGUAGUUUAACGAAGAAAAAAGUUUUUUUCGAUUUGGCAAAUGAAAAAAACGAAGAAUCAUUAUCCGAAUAUGAUAGUGAGAAAGAAGAAUUAUAUGAUAGCAAUUGGAAUAUUUCGAGAACAUCUGAUGAGAAAAAGCAUUUAUCUGAAAGAGAAAGUUACAAAAGUACAAGUAAUAUUAUGUUAAAGACUGUUCAAAGUGAUAAAAUUGCAGAAAUAUCAAAAAAACUUGAAGCACAGUUAAGCAUGGUGAGACGAAAACCUGUAGGAUCGAUUGAAACUAUGUUUUCUUUAAAGUAUGUACAAGAUAGAGAAAAUCAUAGUAAUGAAAACCAGAGAAUGAGUUCUACAAAUAUAGCUUCUCUUUUAGAGAGCCCAGUUAGAACAUCAACAUUCAGUCCCAAAGUGGUAAACGAUUCAUUGCCACAAGCAGCACCACGUAAUUUAAAAAAUAAAAUACCUGAAAGUUCACACUCGGAUUCAAUAUCAGAAAUUUCAGAUUUAGAUUCUGAUAUAGAUAAAAUCUUAAGAUUAGAAUGAUCAUUUGCAUAAUUAACAUAAGUAAAAUGUAGUUUUCUUUUUAUUUUAGUUUAUAAAGACUAAUUAUCAUUUAGGUAAGAAUUCAUUAUCAUUUAAGAAAAACAUUUUAAAACCGAAUACUCAGUAUGACACAGUGCCUUGAUAACAAUAACAGUCAAUUACGAUACUGCUAUAUGAUUAUUUUUUGUUAAUUUUAAACUAGUCCCCAAAACCAAAGAGACAAUCGUUGUAUGAUGUAAGGCCAGUAUUUAUUUUAUUUAUUAUAUGAAACUUUUGUACAGGGAAUAAAUGCAUUUUAUUAAAUGG